AUGGACUCGACGACGUACACAGUUGCACCUGCGCCGGUGCAUGGUCAACCACAAUUUGCGUACUACUCCGAAUCGACUUCACAGCCAUCGCAGCAACAAUGUCACUACGGCCAACCUGAGAUGCCCUGGUAUGGACACGGACAAGCGCAGCAGCCAAUUUACUCCGCCCAGCCGUUGAUGAAUAUGCACCAAAUGGCAACCACCAACGCCUUCCGCGGAGCUGCUCUGAAUAUGACCCCCAUUGCCUCGCCGCAGCCCUCGCAAAUGAAGGCUGGUCUGAUGGUCCAGCAAGGCUCUCCCUCCUUAAUGCCUUUGGACACUCGCUUCUUGAGCCACGACAUGUACUUCCCAUCUACUCCACCACUGUCUGCCUCCGGCAGCACUAUCAGCAGCCCGCCAUCCGCCUCUGGAGCUUUGCACACACCCAUCAAUGACAGCUUCUUCGCUUUUGAGAAGGUCGAAGGUGUCAAGGAGGGCUGUGAGACCGAUGUACACACCGAGCUUCUCGCUACCCAGGACUGGACUCGCGCCGAUUCGCCGCCAAUGACACCUGUCUUUAUCCACCCGCCGUCCAUUACUGCCAGUCAUGCUUCAGAUCUGCUUUCCGCCACUUCUUGCCCCUCGCUUUCCCCCUCGCCCUCUCCUGUGCCCUCUGACAUCCUCGUCAACCCUCAAGGUCUGACCAUUGAGUCUGCCGGUACCUCAUUCUGUGACCCACGUCAACUCACCGUUGAGGCCUCUGCCAAUGUCUCCGCCCCUCAGGCUCUCCCUCCUCUCCCCACUCUGUCCUGCGAGGAGGAGGAACCCCGUCAAGUUGUGGGAAGUGCGUCUGUGACCCUCCCUGUCAACGAGAAUCCAGCGCCCUCAUUCCCUGCUUCUAGCGUGGACCCAUUGAGCUCGCUGCCAACCUUUGACAGCUUCUCCGACCUGGAUUCUGAUGACGAGAUCAAUAACCUGGUCGACUUCCACCCGGGGAGCCACUCUGUCUAUUUGGGUGGUAAGCGUCAGCGAGUGCACCACUACGCGGCAGAGGACGAUGGAUUCCUGAGCGAGCACAGCCUCGAUGACUCGGAUGAUAACGAGGCUUUCCAUCUCCCCUCCGGCCUGCCUUCCCUCAGCUGGACCGAGACUCCCGAGUCUCACGUGGAGAUCGAGGGUGAAGAGGAGGAGGUUGAUGAGGAGCCCGAGGAAGAGAUCAAGACUAAGAAGCGCAGCAGCCGCAAGUCUCGCAAGGGCAGCGAUGCUGAGCACGUCAAGAAGUCGGUCACUGUCGCUCCGGAUGCGAUCCACAGCGCCGACAACUCAGACUCCGAGCCUGCCCCCGUCUCCAUCAACCGUCGCGGUCGCAAGCAGUCCCUGACUGAGGACCCUUCCAAGACCUUCGUCUGCACUCUCUGCUCGCGGCGAUUCCGUCGCCAGGAGCAUCUAAAGCGUCACUACCGCUCGCUGCACACCCAAGACAAGCCUUUCGAGUGUCAUGAGUGUGGCAAGAAGUUCUCUCGCAGUGACAACCUCGCCCAACACGCGCGCACUCACGCCGGCGGUUCCGUCGUUAUGGGUGUUCUGGACCCAAGCGAGGUGUCGGGUUACGAUGAGGAGAAUGCCAUGGGUGUCAUGUACGAUGAUGCCCAGUCUGGUACUGAGUCCAGCCUCGACCGCCGCCAGAUCAAGAAGCGCAAGCGCGACUUGGCGUAA